AAUUGGCAAGACAGAUUUCUAUUGACAUCACAGCUGUUCGUUUCGUGUGGUCUGUCUUGCUAGGGAAAAUUGUAAUAAUUAAUCUGAAAGUGAGUUAUAUUUAGUAUUAUUCGUGGAUUUAUCAUCAAUCUAAGUAAAAUUAAAUCAAAUUGAACAUUGUUUUAUAGUUCAGUGUCUUCACGCCAGGUACAAUCUUAUGUAGACAGUAUUGCUUAGAUCAUCUGUCUAUUUUAUCGAAAGAAUAUGCCUCUUUUUGGUAAGUCUCAAAAGAGCCCAGCGGAGCUUGUGAGAUCAUUGAAAGAUGCAGUUACUGCUUUAGAAAGGGGUGAUAAGAAAGCCGAAAAAGCGCAAGAAGAUGUAAGCAAAAAUCUGGUUUUGAUAAAGAACAUGCUAUAUGGCACUUCCGACGCCGAACCACAAACGGAUAUCAUAGUAGCACAGUUAGCUCAGGAACUGUACAACACUAACUUGCUCCUACUUCUCAUCCAGAAUCUAAACCGCAUUGACUUUGAAGGCAAGAAGGAUGUUGCCCAAGUGUUCAACAAUGUGCUUAGACGUCAGAUUGGUACCAGAUCUCCCACAGUUGAGUACAUAUGCACCAAGCCUGAGAUACUGUUUACUUUGAUGUCUGGGUAUGAACAUCAGGAGAUAGCAUCCAACUGUGGAACAAUGCUACGAGAGUGUGCCCGAUAUGAGGCUUUGGCUAAAAUAAUGUUGUAUUCAGAUGAUUUUUACAAUUUCUUCCGUUAUGUAGAAGUUUCCACUUUUGAUAUUGCCUCAGAUGCCUUUUCUACUUUUAAGGAAUUGCUAACGCGACAUAAAAUGUUGUGUGCUGAGUUUCUAGAAACAAACUAUGAUAAAGUGUUCAGUCAUUAUCAGCGACUGCUCAAUUCUGAGAACUAUGUAACUCGACGGCAGAGCCUGAAACUGUUGGGAGAACUGUUACUGGACCGCCACAACUUCUCUAUAAUGACACGUUACAUCACCAACCCUGAUAAUCUUAAGCUUAUGAUGAAUAUGCUGAAAGAGAAGUCACGUAACAUUCAGUUUGAGGCUUUCCAUGUUUUUAAGGUAUUUGUAGCCAACCCUAAUAAACCUAAACCAAUAUUGGAUAUUUUGCUAAGGAAUCAAGAUAAAUUGGUAGACUUCCUCACCAAAUUCCACACAGAUCGUUCUGAGGAUGAGCAGUUCAAUGAUGAAAAGGCUUACCUUAUAAAGCAAAUUAAAGAACUCAAGCCUUCGGAACACUAACACUUAUUGCAUUUCAUUAAAUCGCCACUUCCUCCUCAGAAAGAAGUUAGUUAUAGAUGCUAUUAUAUUUAAAUGCUUCUAAGUCACCAGAGGGUGUUGUGCGGCGCCGCUAUGACACAAGGUUCAGUAAUAAACAUUGGAAAUCUAAAUAGAUUUUACAUUUGGUCUGUGAUGAGUCAGGGAAAGUAUAUUUGUGCUACGAGCAAAUUAACAUUUUUAAUAAACAAUUGUAGGAAUUAGUGUUACUUAUGGUUUGACUUAUAUCUUUUGUAAGUUGUUAAAACCAUUUUUAGUUUUUAUGACGUGUUUAGUGACAGCUUCGGAGUCACAAUCGAAAUAUUUAUCUUUAUAUUUUGUCACAUUAGUCUACAAGUUCCCUAAGUUUUUAUAUUAUCUUCGGUUAAUGACUAAAAUAAUACAGGUAAACAUGAUCUUUGAAGGAGAUUUGUAUAUAUGACAUUUUAAAUUGGAGCGUUUUGUAAUGUUUAUUUUUUGUAUUUAAAUCAAUAUCAGAAAUAUAAAUUGUUGAACAUGAAGGAAAAUAUAUUUUAUAUUGUAUAUCAUUCUUAUCAGUAUUGGUCUUAAUUACAUCAAGAAAUAUUAUCAUUAUUUACUUUGAACAUUAAACUAUUAUACUCUUAUUGUCUUAACACAUUUGUUUCAUGCAUAGUCAAUUCAUUUGAUUUAAUUCAUGUUCGCUAAAUUUUCACAGGUAUAUUUUUAUUUAAUAAUUAUAUAUAGAUAGGUAACAUAAGUUUUCAAAAUUUCUGUAUCAUAUUUUAAUGUGUAAUUAUUAUUUUGUCAGCAUCAUUAAUGCAAUUACAUUCUAUAGAAACGGAAUAAAUACAAUAUUUAUAUCAUUUUCAUUUAUUUUUUCUAUGCAAAUGUUAAAGUUAAGAACCCCUUUACAGGAUGGAAGCUGGGAUGAAAUGAAACAUUUCUGUUGUCUAUUAGGACUUUAUUAGACACAUGAAGGAUCUGUACAUAGAAUCUUAUUUAAAAAACUGUACAUUGUAUUUUAAAUCUAUUCUUACAAAUUAUCACAAAAUGUUUGAAGAAAUAAAAAUAUUUACAGCAAAAGGUCAGACAGUUUAUCCGCCGAAUAUGAUGACUAUGUUUUUGUGAAACAGGACUAAGAUAGUAUAGUAAGAUAUAUAAUUGAGAUCCUACAAGGUAACUGAUAUGUAGAAUAGAACAGAAUAGAAAAUGUCGCAAGAUUAAUAGAUAAUAACAUUUACUGUAAUAUUUAGUUUCUUGUUUUAGUCUUACACAAGUGUUUGAAUAGACUAGGUUUCAUAUCUUUGUAUUUGCUUUCUAAGAGUAGCAAGCCUAUUAUAGUAUGAAAUAGUGUUAAAAGUAUAGAAAACGUUGCACUUAAUAAAGAUUAGCAAGUAUUAGCAUCCUUGCUAAUAAAGACUAUUAGGAAUAGAUAGGUUUUCAUCUACCAUCACUAUUAGAAAAUAAAUAUGAGUAAUGAUUGAAAAUGUUGAUGGUUAAAAAAAACAAGAAAGUAAUGCGGGAAAUAAGUAUUUUUCAGAUAUAAAAAGUUAGUGAAAUGAAAUAUCUUAUUUUCUAUGUUGAAAUCAUGUAAUGAGACUUUAUGCAAAGAUUUUUAAUUCAUAAUAUACACGUAAUAUGUUCACUUGAAGAUUAAACACCCAAUUUGUGAUCCCUUAUCAUUAAAUAUCAAUGUAAUCUAGUCCACCAGAGUUCCAGUAGUUAGGGCAUGGGGAAACAAUUAAAACAUUCAAUAUAUGGUAUGUACGUUCAA